CGGAACCACGACGACUUGGUCACAGCAGCAACCACUCCCACAUCCACCACCACCACCACCACAUCCACAUCCACUCCCUCGUCUGCCUUCCUCACUACGCCCUCCCCUCAAGCACGCCCAUCUGGCCCUCGCAGAUCCAGCCCGCCCUCGUCGCCUACACAGCCAUCACCACGACCACCGCCGCCUGAUAGCGCCGCGUCAUUCUCGCCAACAUGUCGGCAGGCAGGAUGCAGCAGGGCCAACGACCCGGAGGCUCCAGAUUCGCACAGUUCAAGCUCGUGCUGUUAGGUGAAUCGGCUGUCGGAAAGUCGUCUCUAGUGUUGCGCUUUGUCAAAGACCAAUUCGACGACUACCGGGAGUCGACCAUCGGCGCCGCCUUCCUUACCCAGACCAUCGCCCUCGAUGAAAACACAACGGUCAAGUUUGAGAUUUGGGAUACUGCUGGCCAGGAGCGGUACAAGUCCCUUGCCCCCAUGUACUACCGGAACGCAAACUGCGCCGUGGUCGUCUACGACAUCACACAAGCUGCAUCUCUGGACAAGGCAAAGGCCUGGGUCAAGGAACUACAGCGCCAAGCAAACGAAAACAUCAUCAUUGCCCUUGCGGGAAACAAGCUCGACUUGGUGACCGAGUCGCCCGACAAGCGCGCCAUCUCGACGGCCGAUGCGGAACAAUAUGCCCGCGAGGCCGGCCUGCUCUUCUUCGAGACGUCUGCCAAGACGAGCGAGAACGUAAAGGAACUCUUCACAGCCAUUGCCAAGAAGCUGCCCAUUGACCAGGCCGGCCCACGAAACCUGAGGCCAGGCCAGCAACGACCGGGCGUCAACCUGAGACCUGAGGCCAAUCAGACACAGGGUCCUGCCGGCUGCAACUGCUAGACGGCCAUGUAGGACUGGUUGUGUGAGUGUAGGUCUCUUGUAUGGCGUGCAUGGGCUAGUGUGUGACUUGAAGUGGCUGCACACGUCUACUAGAACAACUAUGUGUGAGCUCGUUGUUGUGUUUCUUGUCGCGUCACCGUCUUCAUUGUAGGACAUGUCGGGCUUCUGGAGUAGGGUCUGUUUUGAUUGCAAGUCGACAUGUGUGUUUAAGAGCAAAUAUUGGGGCCACCUGAUUCUUUAAUUAAUGAUUUCAAAAUCUCCUG